AUGGCACCUCUUCUUACAUUCGCCUACUUGGCUUUCCUUAUGAGCACACCGGUACUUGCUUUUGCGUCUAUAGAUAAUGCGACUUUCGAAUACAUCGUUGUCGGUUCGGGACCGGGCGGUGGACCAAUCGCUUCCAACCUAGCUCGAGCAGGACAUUCAGUACUACUUCUCGAAGCAGGUGACGAUCAAACCGAGAAUCUAAACGUGUCCCAAUGGGUCAAUUUUAAUGCUGCUGGUAACGAUCCAGCGACGCGAUGGGACUUCUUUGUGAAACACUCUGACGAUGAAGCUCGAGAAGCGAGAUACCUCCAUAGGACGUGGCGCAAGCCCGACGGUGGAUUUUACGUUGGCAUUGAUCCACCGGAGGGCGCGAAAGCGGAAGGCAUUUACUACCCUCGUGCUGGGACUCUUGGUGGCUGCGCUAUGCACAAUGGAUGCUUGACGAUGCUCCCCAACGAUGCCGACUUUGACGAGAUCGCUGAACUUACUGGCGACAACUCGUGGUCUCACGAAAACAUGAGGAAGUAUCUCGUUCGCCUCGAGAGAGCGCAUUACAAUAGCACUUCGGAGCAUGGCCACGAUGGCUGGCUUGACAUGACUAUGCUCGACCCUGGCUAUAUCACAAGCGCAGAUGCACAGCAGCUCAGUCAACUCGCGGCUGAAGCUGCUGGGUACAAGGUUUCGGAUACCUCUGGCCUCUUGCAACGCGAUAUGAACGGCGACCAGCCGAACCGCGAUAAUCUCGUUGGGCCUUUUGGCGGUGUCAGCCAUGUCACUCCUGGCGGGCGUCGCUCAUCACCCGGGUAUUAUGCGCGGGAUACGGCGAAAGAUGGUAGAUACCCACUAACUAUCUCUCUUGACACUCUUGCGACCAAGAUCAUCUUCGAUAGGUUUGGAAAGAAGCCGAAGGCAGUCGGAAUGGAGUAUGUUCAGGGGAAGAGCAUGUACAGCGCUGAUCCUCGGUACAACGCAGCCGCCAAAGGUGUUGCUGGCAAAGCCUUCGCCUCCAAGGAGGUUAUCAUAUCCGGUGGUGCUUUCAACAGCCCUCAAUUGCUGCUCUUGUCUGGAAUCGGCCCAGCAGAACAACUCAAGAAGUUUAACAUACCCGUCAUUGUCGACAGUCCAGGCGUCGGCCGCUCUCUAGCAGACAACUACGAAGCCGGUAUUCUCUCUCUCGGCAAGCGCGCCGUCACAGGGAUGUCGGAGAUCUUCCCAAACUUCUGGAAAACUUCGCAGGGCACUAUCCGCGAUAUCUACAUGUGGUGCGGGUCCUUUGCGUUUGAAGGAUUCUGGCCCGGCUUCCCUAAUCGUCCUCCUUUCUUCAAUGAGACAUAUGGACCCAACCAGUACGACUGCUCCCUUGUGCACAUGAACCCGCGCUCCCAGGCUGGUGUUGUUGAACUUCGAUCUGCAGAUCCCAGGGACGUGCCAAACAUCAACACGCACUUCUUCGAUGACGGCGCUGAAAAGGAUCUACAAGCCAUCUACGAGGGUGUCGAGUGGGUGCGUUCCUGGCUCUCCAAGGUCAAUUCCUCUGAUCCGGCGUCUCUUGCGCCCUUCCAGGAGCUGCAUCCGUGUGAAGGGGAGAUUGGCAAGCAAAAUUGCACUAUUGAGAGCCAGAAGACCUAUCUCAAAGAGCAGGCAUACAGCCAUCACGCAACUAGUAGCGCGCGGAUCGGAGGCAAUGGUGAUAAGCUGGCGGUGUUGGACAGUAAAUUUCGAGUACGGGGUGUAGAUAGGUUGAGGGUCGUGGAUGCUAGCAGUUGGCCAAAGGUGCCCGGUGGCUUUCCCGUACUGCCAACCAUGAUGCUGUCUGAAAAGGCUACGGAUGAUGUGCUUGCGGAAGAGUAUUGAACCGAAAGGUGCUGUAAUGGUUGGGCGGGCUAUGCUCGGAUCCUGAGCUUUCCAACUGUAGCUAAGGCUGUAGAACUUCAAGACUUUUUCCAGUUCUACAAAUA